GGAGAGCGGCGUGGGGCGUCGCCGCCGCCGCCGCGCGCGCCGGGGGCUGGUUAAGGCCAUGAAACAAAAGAAAUCCUGAGAGGGGAGCCGCUGCCACCUCCACCAGCCCGCCCCGCUGCCGUCCCCACCCACCCACCUAGUUACCUACCUCUGCUACCUUCCUCUGCUCCUCCACCCCGCCCUCUCCGGUCUCCGGGCGGCCCUGGCGCUGCUCGGCCCGGGUCGCCAGCCCCGCCGCCUCCCCAGAGGAAAGGUGUUUGCGCGCUGAGCAGGGCCGGGGCCCUGUCCGCCAUGGGGCUCGCCGCCUGCCGCGCCUGACCCGGCCGCCGCCGCCGCCGCCGCCGCCAUUGACAGCGCGCCGUCGCGAUGCCGAGCGGCAGCUCCGCGGCCCUGGCCCUGGCGGCGGCCCCGGCCCCCCUGCCGCAGCCGCCCCCGCCGCCGCCGCCGCCGCCGCUGCCACCGCCCGCGGGUGGCCCGGAGCUCGAGGGGGACGGGCUCCUGCUGAGGGAGCGUCUGGCCGCGCUAGGCCUCGACGACCCCAGCCCGGCGGAGCCCGGCGCCCCGGCGCUCCGGGCCGCGGCGGCGCAGGGCCAGGCCCGGCGGGCGGCGGGGCUGUCUCCGGAGGAGCGGGCUCCUCCCGGCCGGCCCGGAGUCUCGGAGGCGGCCGAGUUGGAGCUGGAGGAGGACGAGGAGGAGGGGGAGGAAGCGGAGCUGGAUGGAGACCUGCUGGAGGAGGAGGAGCUGGAAGAGGCAGAGGAGGAGGACCGGCCGUCUCUGCUGCUGCUGUCGCCGCCAGCGGCCGCCGCCUCUCAGACCCAGCCGAUCCCGGGCGGGUCCCUGGGGUCGGUCCUGCUGCCCGCCGCCGGCUUCGAUGCCCGGGAGGCGGCCGCGGCGGCGGGGGUGCUCUACGGAGGGGACGAUGCCCAGGGCAUGAUGGCGGCGAUGCUGUCCCACGCCUACGGCCCAGGCGGCUGCGGGGCGGCGGCGGCCGCCCUGAACGGGGAGCAGGCGGCCUUGCUCCGGAGGAAGAGCGUCAACACCACCGAGUGCGUCCCGGUGCCCAGCUCCGAGCAUGUCGCCGAGAUUGUCGGUCGCCAGGGUUGUAAAAUUAAAGCGCUGAGAGCCAAGACGAACACGUAUAUCAAGACACCUGUUCGUGGUGAAGAGCCCAUUUUUGUUGUCACUGGACGGAAAGAAGAUGUUGCCAUGGCCAAAAGAGAAAUCCUCUCAGCUGCAGAGCACUUUUCCAUGAUUCGUGCAUCUCGAAACAAAAAUGGCCCUGCCCUGGGAGGGUUGUCGUGCAGUCCUAAUCUGCCUGGCCAGACCACCGUUCAAGUCAGGGUCCCCUAUCGUGUGGUGGGAUUAGUUGUUGGACCCAAAGGAGCAACAAUUAAAAGAAUUCAGCAGCAGACCCACACGUACAUAGUAACUCCAAGCAGAGAUAAGGAGCCUGUCUUUGAAGUGACAGGGAUGCCCGAGAAUGUUGACCGAGCACGAGAAGAAAUAGAAAUGCAUAUUGCCAUGCGUACAGGAAACUACAUCGAGCUCAAUGAAGAGAAUGAUUUCCAUUACAACGGUACUGAUGUAAGCUUUGAAGGUGGCACACUCGGCUCUGCGUGGCUCUCCUCCAAUCCAGUUCCUCCUAGCCGUGCCAGAAUGAUCUCCAAUUAUCGAAACGAUAGUUCCAGUUCUCUGGGAAGUGGUUCCACAGAUUCCUACUUUGGAAGCAAUAGGCUGGCUGACUUUAGUCCAACAAGCCCAUUUAGCACAGGAAACUUUUGGUUUGGAGAUACACUACCUUCUGUAGGCUCAGAAGAUCUUGCGGUUGAUUCCCCUGCCUUUGACUCUUUACCAACAUCCGCUCAAACUAUCUGGACUCCGUUUGAACCAGUUAACCCGCUCUCUGGCUUUGGGAGUGAUCCUCCUGCUAACAUGAAGACUCAGCGUAGAGGAAGUCAGCCAUCUACUCCUCGUCUGUCUCCUACGUUUCCGGAGAGCGUUGAGCACCCGCUUGCCCGGAGGGUUAGGAGCGACCCGCCUAGUACAGGCAGCCACGCUGGCCUUCCCAUAUACAUCCCUGCUUUUUCUAAUGGUACCAAUAGUUACUCCUCUUCCAACGGUGGUUCCACCUCUAGCUCACCACCAGAAUCAAGACGAAAGCACGACUGUGUGAUUUGCUUUGAGAAUGAAGUUAUUGCUGCCCUGGUUCCAUGUGGCCACAACCUCUUCUGCAUGGAAUGUGCCAACAAGAUCUGUGAAAAGAGAACACCGUCAUGUCCAGUUUGCCAGACAGCUGUUACUCAGGCAAUCCAAAUUCACUCUUAACUAUAUAUAUAUAUAUAUAUAUACACAUAUAUAUAUAUAUAUACAUAAAUACUAUAUCUCUAUGUGGACUCAUAAAGGCAUGGAUAUAAUGGUACCCCCAGUAAACUUCCUAAUGAUUUCUUAUGACUGUUAUCAGGCUUUAUUGGGAUUAGGCUAAAGUUGUUAGUAAACUUAU